AUGUCCUUCCUAAAACACCGACGGACGGCGCUGGAACGGGUGGAGAAGUUCCUUUCCGACACUUAUUUCACCGACUGCAACUUGCGGGGCAGGCUGUUCGGGGAUCGCUGCCCCCCGGCUGCUCUUUCCUGCUUCCAGACCCCCCGGCGCAUCCCGUACCGCGAAGCCGUCGAGCAGGAAUUCCGACCCGUCCGAGUGGGAGAUUCUUUCGGCCCCACGUGGCAGACCUGCUGGUUCAAGGUGGAGCUGAGCAUCCCCCCGGCGUGGGCAGGGCGGGAGGUGCACUUGGUGUGGGAGAGCGAUGGGGAGGGCCUGGUGUGGAGAGAUGCCCAGCCUGUCCAGGGUUUGACUAAGGAGGGUGAGAAGACCAGCUACAUCCUGACAAGGAGCCUGAAAGAGACAGAGCCUCACAGCCUGACACUGUACGUGGAGCUGGCCUGCAAUGGUCUCUUUGGAGCUGGCAAGGGCAGCAUGAUUGCUCCUCCAGACCCUGACAGGAGAUUCACCCUGAGCAAGGCUGAGCUGGUCGUCUUCAACAGGGAUGUCUACGAGCUGCUGGUAGAUCUGGAAAUACUGCUGGACAUGGCCCAGCUCCUCGGGGAGGAGAACCAGAGGAGUUUCCAGGCACUGUACACUGCCAACCAGAUGAUCAACGUGUGUGAUGUGACAGACCCUUCCACCUUCCCUGCUGCCCGUGACCUGGCUGCAGUGAUCUUCAGCCAGAGGAAUGGCCAGAGCCAGCACACCAUCCAUGCCAUGGGGCACUGCCACAUUGACUCUGCCUGGCUGUGGCCCUACGAGGAGACCAUCAGGAAGUGUGCCCGGAGCUGGGUCACCGUGGUGCACCUGAUGGAGAGCAACCCCCAGCUCACCUUCACCUGCUCCCAGGCACAGCAGUUCCAGUGGGUGCAGAGCUGGUACCCGGGGCUCUACGCACGGAUCCGGGACUUGGUGGCCAAGGGACAGUUCAUUCCUGUCGGAGGAACCUGGGUGGAAAUGGACGGGAACCUGCCCAGCGGGGAGUCCAUGGUGCGGCAGUUCCUGCAGGGCCAGCGCUUCUUCCAGCAGCAGUUUGGCCAGAUCUGCUCAGAGUUCUGGCUCCCAGACACAUUUGGAUACUCAGCCCAGCUGCCCCAGCUGAUGCGUGGCUGUGGGAUCAGGAGGUUCCUCACGCAGAAGCUCAGCUGGAACCUGGUGAACACCUUCCCGCAUCACACCUUUUUCUGGGAAGGCAUUGAUGGUUCCCGAGUCCUGACCCAUUUCCCUCCUGGUGACUCCUAUGGGAUGCAGGGGCGAGUGGAGGAGAUGCUGAAAACGGUGAAGAACAACAAGGACAAAGGACGUGUGAACCACAGUGCCUUCCUCUUUGGCUUUGGAGAUGGAGGAGGGGGCCCCACGCAGAAGAUGCUGGACAGGAUGAAAAGAAUGAGGGACACAGAUGGGCUGCCAAGGGUUCAGCUCUCCACUCCUGACCAGCUCUUCUCUGUCCUGGAGAAGGAGUCCUCCCAGCUCUGCACCUGGGUGGGAGAGCUCUUCCUGGAGCUGCACAACGGCACCUACACCACCCAGGCCCAGAUAAAGAAGGGCAAUCGGGAGUGUGAGCGAAUACUCCACGACGUGGAAGUGCUGAGCACCUUGGCUGUGGCACGGGGGGGAACAUUCCAGUAUCCUGCCAGCCAGCUGCAGCACCUCUGGAGGUUAUUGCUGCUCAACCAGUUCCAUGAUGUUCUGCCAGGCAGCUGUAUCCAGCAGGUGGUUGAGGAUGCCCUGGAAUACUAUGCAGAGAUCCGCAGGGCUGGGGCUGAGCUGCAGGAGGAGGCUGUGCAGUCCCUGUGCCAGGAGCUGCUGCAGCCCGGGGCAGGGAGCACCCAGAGCACCCUCGUGUUGAACACUUUGCCCUGGGAACGCACCGAGGUGAUCUCCAGGCCUGGGCCAGCUGGAGCAGAGGCUUUAGCUCUGGUGACAGUCCCCAGCAUGGGCUACGUGAUAGUGAGGGAGCCACUGCUGCCCCCCCAGCCUGUGGCAGUGAGGAAACAGGAGGAUGGCUCCAUCACCAUGGAGAACGGGGUGAUUGCAGCCUGCCUGGAUGCCAUGGGGCGCCUGACCUCCCUCCGACUGCUGGGCUCCCAGAGAGAGUCAGUCCCAGAUGGCUGCUGUGCCAACCAGUUUGCACUCUUUGAUGACGUUCCCCUGUACUGGGAUGCUUGGGAUGUGAUGGAUUAUCACUUGGAAACCAGGAAGCCAGUGACAGGGCUGCUGAAGCCCCUGGAGAUCACCCUGGCUGGGGGCCUGCGGGGCAGUGCCAGCUUCUCCCUGCAGGUUGGGGAAAGCAGCACCUUAACCCAGGAGAUCAUCCUGGAUGCCACGUGCCCGUUCCUGCGCUUCCUGACCCAGGUUGAGUGGAAGGAGGCUCACAAGUUCCUGAAGGUGGAGUUCCCCGUGCAGGUCCGGAGCCCAAAUGCCACCUACGAGAUCCAGUUUGGGCACCUCCAGCGACCCACGCACUGGAACACGUCCUGGGACUGGGCCCGCUUCGAGGUGUGGGCUCACAAGUGGCUGGAGCUCUCCGAGCAACGCAUAACGCAGUUCCCGUCAGUUGUGCUCAGGCUGAGAGCACCCAAGUCCCCUGAUGCCACAGCAGACAUUGGGCACCACCAGUUCACCUACGCCGUGAUGCCUCACCAGGGUUCCUUCCAGGAUGCUGGGGUGAUCCAACGUGCCUACAGCUUGAAUUUCCCCCUGCACGCGGUCCCAGCCGGCGCUGCCCAGUGCCCGCCCUGGAGCGCCUUUUCCGUCAGCUCGGCUGCAGUGGUGCUGGAGGCUGUCAAGCAGGCUGAGGACAACCCCGCAGCCGUGGUGGCCCGGCUGUACGAGGCGCACGGCAGCACGGCCGUGGCCUGGCUCCAGACUUCCCUCCCCGUGAAGGAGGCCAUGCUCUGUGACCUCCUGGAGCGGCCGCUGGCCGGAGGGCGCCUGCGGCUGGAGCCCCGGGGGGUGCCCUUGUCCUUCACCCCCUUCCAGCUGCUCUCCGUCCUCUUGGUCUUGAAGCUGUGA